AUGAGCUUUGAGAAUUAUGACCCUUGUUUUCCGGACCAGCCAGUAGUUGAUCAGUACCUCCCGGUCUGGGCUAACCUUCCUUCCUUCAGGUCCAAGCCGGCUUUCAUUUGGGCCGAAGAUGGUCAGUCACCCGGUUCAUUAAAAUGCUCCAGUCUCACUUACGAGGGGCUAAACAACUCAGUAGACUCGAUAUCCUCCCAGCUCCUAUUAUCCUUUCAAAGGGGCGACACCCUCGUUAUCCUAUGCUCUCCCGGGCUCGAGCUUGUGGAGAUCUUAUUUGGAUGUCAACGAGCUGGACUAAUGGGAGUGCCCAUCAUUCCUCCAAACCCAAAGUUUUCAAACGAUGACCACCAUCAUCUUAUUCGUGUUUUGUCUCAAACUAGGCCAAAAGCAGCUAUUGCGGACCGAGGUUACAUUGCAAAGGUCCAUCAGUAUAUCAAAUUUUCUCACCAUGAAAACCAUCUCGCUAAUCUACUGUGUAAGCUCAGUUGGGUAUCCAUGGAAGAUUUGAAAGAUAAAAAUGUAAGCUCAAGGUACAAGAGCUUACAUUCAUCAUAUCAAGGUUGCAAGCCAGAUGAGGUGUACUUGGUACAGUACACCUCAGGUGCAACCGGAAUACCCAAGCCUGUCUUGGUAACAGCUGGAUCAGCCGCUCAUAACGUUAGAGUAGCUAGAAAAUCCUAUGAUCUUCAUCCGAAUAGCAUGAUAACCUCAUGGCUACCCCAAUACCAUGAUUGUGGGCUCAUGUUUCUCUUGUUGACAAUCGUUUCAGGCGCGACUUGUGUGUUGACCUCACCAAACGCAUUCAUCAAACGUCCAAGGAUUUGGCUCGAGUUGAUUACCGAGUUCAAGGCGACGUGCACUCCAGUACCCUCAUUCACAUUGCCAUUGGUUAUUAAACGAGGUCAAAUUUUCAACAAAGAUGGCCUUACUAUAAACCUAAGGACCAUGAAGAACUUGAUAAUCAUCAAUGAACCAAUAUACCACGAUGCAAUUAAGCACUUUGUGGAAGUGUUCAGCCUUUUUGGUCUGAACACUUCCUCGAUUUCCCCAUCAUACGGGUUAGCUGAGAAUUCCACUUUUGUCUCCACCGCAUGGAGAUCAAAAGUGUUGGGAAUUGAUUUCCCAAUCCACAAAAAGCUAGUACCAAGUGCCCGCCUUAAGUAUGAUGAAGAUGAUGAUGAAGAUCAAAUCAACAUCGUUAUUGUUGACGAGGAAACAAAUGAACUCGUCAAAGAUGGAAUCGAGGGGGAAAUGUGGAUUGCUUCUUCUCCAAGCAACGCCUCCGGAUACUUGAGCCAUCCUUCUUUAACCCAAGAAAUAUUUCAAAGUAGACUAAAAGGCGGAAACUUCACCCAUGAACGCUUCAUUCGAACAGGCGAUCGUGGAAUCAUAAAAGGCCCUGAAAGAUUCCUCUUUGUAACAGGACGAUGCGCAGACAUUAUUAAACAUGAAAACGGGGUUGAAACACAUGCACAUUAUCUAGAAACCGCAGCAUACGAAUCGUGCACGACAUUACUUCGUGGAGGAUGCGUUGCAGCAUUUCAGAUUGAUGGAAAUAUGAUCGCCAUUGUUGCGGAGAUGCAAAAGAGCAAUGAGAAACAAGAAAGUAUAUUGAGAGGAAUAUGUGAAGGAAUAAGAGCGUGUGUCUUAAAGGAAGAGGGCGUUCAAGUGGACACGGUCGUCUUAGUGAAAAAUGGAAGUAUUCCAAAAACAACAUCGGGGAAGAUACAACGAUGGCUUGCUAAAGAUAGAUUCACAUGGGGUAAGAUGGACGUGAUGAUGGAGAUGAAGUUCAAUAAAAAUGAUCAUGAAAACAGUUUCAAGAAAUCUUUUGGAAAAAAUCCGGUUAUAAAUCAUCAAAGCGAAAGGAGAAAGAUUGUAUUGUAUAGUAACUUAUGA